AUGAUGGACGAAGGGAUAGAUGUGCUGGUGGUAGUAAGAGGCAGCUCAGAAGAGGGACUGGCCGCCCCCGUAGAUUCUGCCGCAGACAUCGUUAUCGACUCGCUCGCUGCGCCGCUCAAGCUCGUGGACGUCAGACCGGUCGCAGUGUUUAAGCUUGUUGGGAAGGAUAACCCCGAAUUUGUCGCCAACGGGCUGUUUGUGCUAAAUGCCUCCUCCAAAGUGGUAGAAGGACUAGUCGUGAUGGACGUCAUCACAGAAGGCUCUGAUGCGCUGCUUCCAGUGCUUGACACUGAGGAGGAUGCCUCAAUGCAGGUCGUGCUGACAAAACUCGAACUGGUGCCACUCGCUACCCCCAGCAUAGAAGUUCCGCUCGUGGUGGUUAAAUCGCUUGUAAACUUUGACGGUAUUCCCUGA